AUGAAUCAAUAUAACACAGAAAGACGUUUAAGUUGGUGUUAUUUUCUAGUAGCGGUGUUGUUGGGAGUGUCUGUAAUAUGUAUCGCUAUCCCUUACAACCACUGGCGCACCACACUGGACGUGUGUCCUGGUGGUUACUUUGAGAACACAAAUUGUGGUUGCAUAUUGUUUGGUCUCCGCACCACCCAUUUCUUUAAUGGAGGACAUAACUCAUACUGCCUGUAUGCUAUAUUUGGACCUUUGCCUGUACUUGUGUAUGCCCUAGUAAUGGCUCUUUUCCAUAUGUACAGAGUUUGUAUAAACAAUAUUGGUAAAUAUGAGGAUGAAAAGUCUACAACUAUGGAGGAAAUCGAAGGAGAAUCAAUUGUAGUUAGUACAAGAACAAGGGUUAGUACAAAAAAUGAUGGCGUCAUAUAUUGUUGGAUCCCUACGUCAUGUAUUGCAGCACUCUUUUGUAUUUACACUUUAGCGCAUGCAGCUAUUUUGACGAGUGGCUUAAUAAGGACCUGCACGCAGUACAGAGGAUAUUUAGUCUCCCAACUUCGUGCCUCUGGAGACCAUGCGUCUGCUAUACAUUUUCGUCUCACAUGCCAAACGAUCUUAGACUUUAUGGAUUAUAUACAAAAGGACGCUCCCAACAGCCGCCGAGGAGAUUUUAUUAACACCGGUGUGGCAUUGCAUUUGGCAGUCAUCGCCUCGUGGGUAGCUAUGGCAUUAUGGAUCGCUAUUGUAGUAUAUACCGCUCGGAGAGCGUUUAGAGAGCGUCACGUACUCACCUGUUGCGGCAACUGA